GCGUCUGAAAGUCUCCGCGCCCGCCGCCGUCCACCUGAGGCCUCCCGACCGCAUCCCGGACCUCGCAAGCCGAUCGAAAGCCUGAAGCGGGCUUGGGAUCAGAUCGCUCUUCUGAAAAGUUUGAUGGGAGUUCUGCCAAAAGCCACAUGCCUCUGAGUCCGGCCGCUGACACCAAACAUGAUCGCCCACGCCAACAGGCGGUUACUAACGGCAACGCGACAGGCUCUCCCGUCGCCCGGGACGACGACGCGGAGGACGCGCCCUCUGGAAACAGCAUCGUGGUCCGCAUCGGCAUCCCGGACCUGCAGCAGACGAAGUGUUUGCGGCUGGACCCAGAGUUACCCGUUUGGACCAGUAAGCAGAGGGUUCUGGUCACCUUGACUCAGUCUCUGUCGGAUGUUUUGAACUAUGGUCUCUUCCAGCCGGCGUUCAACGGCCGAGCUGGCAAGUUUCUUGACGAGGAGCGACUUUUGAAAGAGUACCCUCUCCCCCCCAUCACGCCCAUUCCGUACCUCGAGUUUCGUUACAAACGCAGAAUUUACACGCAGACUUACGUAGACGACAAGCAGCUGGCCAAGCUGCACACCAAAGCCAACCUGAAGCGAUUCAUGGAACACGUCCACCAGAAGAACGUGGAGAAGGUUUCCAAAUGGCUGGAAAAAGGCCUCGAUCCAAACUUCCACGACUCCGACAGCGGCGAGUGUCCUCUGACGCUGGCCGUCCAGUUGGAGGAGAGCUGCGAGCUGAUCAAAGUUCUCCGCAGCGGCGGCGCUCACCUGGACUUCCGCACCAGGGACGGAAUCACCGCUCUGCAUCGGGCCGUCAUGUGCCGAAACAGCGCCGCGCUCACCACGCUGCUGGACUUGGGAGCGUCUCCGGACUACAAGGACAGCAGGGGUCUGACUCCCCUGUAUCAUUCCGCCAUGGUGGGCGGCGCCCCCUACUGCUGCGAGCUGCUACUUCAGGACCACGCCAUACUAGGCAUGACCGAUGAGAACGGAUGGCAGGAAAUCCACCAGGCGUGUCGCCACGGCAACGUGCAGCACUUGGAGCACCUGCUGUUCUACGGGGCUGACAUGAGCUCCCAGAAUGCAUCGGGAAAUACCGCGCUGCACCUCUGCGCUCUCUACAAUCAGGACAGUUGCGCUCGAGUGUUGCUUUUCCGAGGAGCCAACAAGGACAUCAAGAACUACAACAACCAGACCGCCUUUCAGGUCGCCAUCAUCGCCGGCAAUUUCGACUUGGCCGAAAUCAUCAAGAUCCACAAAACUUCGGACGUUGUUCCCUUCCGAGAGUCUCCGUCGUACACCAAGCGGCGCCGGCUGGGAGCCCUCCGGUCCCCGGCAGGAAACGGUCUGUCGUCGCCGCGCUCCCUCAUUCGCUCGGUCAGCGACAACGCCCUGGAAAGCCCCGCCUCCUCCCCCGGACCCUCCCUGCAAAGCUUGGAAGCGCACCUGGACACGCACUCGUUACGGCGACACGCGCGCCGCCUCAGCCCGAGCGGUCACGCGGAGAGCAGCCCGCCGCCGCCGCCGUCGUCGCCGCCGGCCCUCACGCCGCAGCUGAGGAAGAAGCGGCUGUACAGCGCCGUGCCGGGACGCACCUUCAUCGCCACGCGCUCCCACGUGCCCCAGGGGUCCGGAGAGAUCCAGCUGCACCGCGGCGAGCGGGUGAAAGUUCUGUCCAUCGGCGAAGGCGGAUACUGGGAAGGGAACGUGAAAGGAAGAACGGGCUGGUUUCCCGCUGACUGCGUCGAAGAAGUUCAGAUGAGGCACUACGACGCCAGGCUGGAGACGAGGGAGGACCGCACCAAGCGACUUUUCAGACACUACACGGUGGGCUCGUACGACAACUACACCUCGUACAGCGACUACGUGAUCGAGGAGAAGAUGGCCGUGCUGCAGAAGAGAGAGAGCGAGGGAUUCGGCUUCGUCCUGCGGGGAGCCAAAGCCGAGACCCCCAUCGAGGAGUUCGCCCCCACGCCGGCGUUCCCCGCCCUGCAGUACCUGGAGUCCGUGGACCAAGGCGGCGUGGCCUGGAGAGCCGGCCUCCGUACCGGAGACUUCCUCAUCGAGGUGAACGGCGCCGACGUGGUCAAGGUCGGCCAUCGCCAGGUGGUGGCGCUCAUCCGACAGGGCGGCAGCCGCCUGCUCAUGAAGGUCGUGUCCGUUUCCCGCAAGUCCGACACCAACCUGGUCCGAAAGAAAGCCCCUCCGCCUCCCAAGCGAGCCCCCAGUACCUCGUUGACUCUGCGGUCCAAGUCCAUGACCGCUGACCUGGAGGAGAUAGAGAAACUGGACGAGAUGUUGGCGGGGAACGCGCAGGAAGUGGUCCUGCGCGCGCGGCCCGCCGAUGACUUCAGAGCGGCCACGGUGAAGCAGAGGCCCACCAGCCGGAGAAUCACUCAAGCCGAGAUUAACUCGUUGUUUGAGCGGCAGGGUCUGGUCCCGCCCUCCGCCCCGGAGAAGAGCACCAUGGCGCUGCCCCGAGGAAUGUCCAGAACCAAAAGUUUUGGCGCUCCCGAGGACGACCGCAUCUCCGCUCUGAUCCACGAAAGUCGCUUCCCUCGCAGCUCCUCUCUGAGCGACAGCUUCAUCCCGCCGCCUCCCCAGACGGCGCCGCCCCCGCCGCCCUCGCCGCUCUUCCUCCUGGACUCGGGGCCUCCGCCUUCCUUCCUCCCCCCUCCUCCCCCCGCCCGGGGCGAGGGCCUGAGCCGGUCCAGCUUCAAACCGGGAGCCGAGCCCAGGCUGCAGGAGCUCUCGGACGCUCCGUCCAGGAGCCACGCCGAGCGUCAGAGGAAGGCGCGCUCCAUGAUCAUCCUGCAGGACACGCCGCCUCCGCUGCAGCCGGACAUGGCCGCCGGCGCCAUGCACGUGUCCUCCUCGCACACUUCCACGCUGUCUCUCCACGCCGUCGCCCUGGGACACUCGCCGCUGUCACGCCGUCGAGGGCGACCCGUUGAAAAUCCUUACGCCAACGUGGGACAGCAGGCCCCCCCGGCCAAGCCUCAGAGGAGGAAGUCACCUCUGCUCAAACAACUUCCGGUGGAGGAGCAAGGCCUCAAAGAGCAAGACGCCAAGUCGGAGGGCAACGCACCGGGCAGCCCCAGCAGGGCCGAGCUGUACCAGCAGCAGGUUCUGUCGGAGCGCGCUCGCAUCCACGGCCGCCGCUCCUCCCUCUUCCUCUCGGUCGAGGGCGCCAUCUCCGACAACCAGCCGCCCCCUCUCUUGACCCAGAGUCACUCCAUGGACGACCUGGGCGAGCUGCCGCCUCCGGCGCCCGUCCUCACGCCCUCGCCGACCCCGCACACCUUCCUCCACCCGCUUACCGGCAAGCCUCUGGAUCCCUCGUCGCCGCUCGCCCUGGCUCUGGCCGCACGAGAACGAGCGCUCACGGCCCGCACGCCGAGCCCCGAGCCGCGCCCCAAGCACGCCUCGGCCUCGGGCACCCCGAUCCCCACCCCGGCCGCCAGCCCCGAGGGCCGGCAUAAGCGGACCCCGGUCCCCACCCCGCAGAGCAGCCCCGAGCCCCGCUCCAAGCGCGCCACCCCGCAGACCAGCCCUGAGCAGCGAAGCAAGCGCACCACCCCUCAGAGCAGCCCCGAGCUUCGCCACAAGCGCGUAACUCCGCCCCUCUUCCAAGACGGACAGGCGGAGCGUCCCGAGGCGGAGGGCGGAGUGACCUCGCCGGCGGGGCCCACCCCCGAGCGCUGGAGACCCGUCCCCCUGGCCAACCUGGCCCACGAGAGCCACUCGGCUGCCGUGGACAGGCGUCGGAGCCUGACCGUAGGCAGCUCGGAGGAAGAAGGCGGCGCCUAUACGGUGACCCUCCCGCCGGCGUUGUUGUCCUCCAGCGACGAGGAGACGAGGGAGGAGCUACGUCGGAUCGGGCUGGUGACGCCGCCCCCCGGUUUCGCCGCCCCGCUGUCCCCGCUGGCCGUAAGCCCGCGCCGCGGCGGCGAGGGCGACACGGGCGACAACGGGGAGGAACAUCGCGACGGCUCGCUGCCUCCCUCCAUCACCUUGGCCUCGCCGCCCGCCCCGCCCUCCCCCUCCUCGCCGCCCGCCGGCGGCCACCCCUCCUCGGCCCUCAAACCGCGCCUGCGCUCGCCCGUCGGCCGCGGCCGCUCGGCUCUCAGGGACCCUCUGCUCAAGCAGUCGUCCGACAGCGAGCUGCUCCCGUCCUCGCCCGCCUCUCCGGCCGCCGGCCGCCAGCCGCGCUACCUCUUCCAGCGCCGCUCCAAGUUGUGGGGGGGCGGCGAAGAGGAGGGCCGGCCCGCCGCGCUGGGCGCACAAGGAGGCUCCGCCUCGGCCCUGGAGCUGAGCGGCAGGGCCGAGUCGGGCCUGGACCUCGCCAAUAGGCUCCACCUCCUCAACAAAGAUAGCCACUCCCUGGGGGAGGAGCCCAGCCCCCUCGACCCUGGUCGCAGGUCGCCCGUAGGUGGGGCCAGAUGUGUGGAGAGGGGAGAGAGCAAAUCGUUGUUCUCCAGCCUGGGCGAGCUGCACACCAUCUCCCAGCGAGGAUACGGCGCCACCUACACGGUGCGUCCGGGCAGCCGCUACCCCGUCACCCGCCGCAGCCCUUCCCCGUCGCCCUCCCCCUCGGAUCGGCCGCCGGGCUCCUCGCCCUCGCCCUGCUCGGAGCGCCCGGACCUGAGCUCGGGCCGCGGUCUGACCAUCCUCAAGUCGUCCAGCCUCAGCCUACCGUCGGAACCCAAGGAGGUGCGCUUCGUCAUGCGCAGCGCCAGCGCCCGAACCCGUUCCCGCUCGCCUUCGCCUUCCCCGCACGCCUCGCCGUGCCCGUCGCCCGUCCUCAGCGGGCCCCUGCUGGCGCUGCGACCCUGGAGGCAGCGCCCGCUCAGCUUGUGGAACAAGUACGACGUGGGCGACUGGCUGGAGAGCGUGGGGCUGGCCGAGCACCGCCAGCGCUUCCAGGAGCACGAGAUCGAAGGCUCGCACCUUCCCGCCCUCACCAAGGACGACUACGUGGAGCUGGGCGUCACGCGGCUGGGCCACCGCAUCAACAUCGAGCGGGCCCUCAGGCAACUCUUGGACUCCGCCACUUGACUGCCGCCGCCGCCGCCAUAGGUCUCCUCUCGCUUUUUUUGUCAACUCAGCUCUUUGAUCGCCGCCAUCCACAGACUUGACGGCUGUGACGGAAAGAACCGGCACAAUCGUCGAGUCGUCGAUCAUCUCAGCCAUGGACUUUAUGAAAAGAUGGUCAACGGGUAAGUCCCAAAUCAACUCGUCCUCCCGAUGGAUGCUAUGCUAACGUGUUAGCUCGCUGUGCGGGCGAUCAAAGAGCUGAUUUGACCCCCCCCCCCCCCUUCCCUCCAAUGAUUAUUCUAAUUCCUGAAGUAUUAUAGUCUUGAUUUUGAAUAUUCCUCCAUAUAAUGAGCUCUAUGCACGCUGCACUUUGGCGUCGGGUGUCAGAUGGCGGGCGCCGCGUUAAAGUCCCUGUAAAGCAAAAAGAAAUUCAAUACAUUGGAAAAAAAAAAAAAAAGAAAGAUGGCAGAUGACGGCUAAAUCGAGUCCUCAACUGCGCAUACCAUCCUUUUUUUUUCUUCUCCCCCUUUUCCUAAACGUGGGAAUUUGCUGGACGGGGUUUUUAAACGGCAAACGGGCCAGCGCCCGACCGCCUAAGGUUGCGUAAGGUUCAUUAUCCUCGUCGGGAUUUGACGAGCAAGCGUGUGCCAGUGUUGACUUUUCUUCUACUUUGACUUUUGAUUUGACAAUGCGGCCGUCCGUCACCGUGGCGACGUGGCGCUGGAGUUCUUGAUGACGUGUCAAUGUGUGCGUGCGUGUUGAUUGGACAUGGUGCUACAGUACAUGUUGGAAGCCAUCUGCACAGGAAGUAACUUCAUCAUCCUUAAGCCAAUUGCAGCAAAUCAAUCUGGUCCACCUUUUUUCUUGAAGGCUUCUCAAAGCGAUCGAUCACAAUUUGAUGUUAUCAAUUCCUUUCACCCAAGCGCCUAUCAUGACAAUAUGAGUGGAUUGGCCAUACCCCCCCCCCUCGCUUGUGCAGUAUUGAUCAGCUUUUCGCAUUAUUUUGAAGACGUCGCUAAGGUGAGCUACAUUUGUUGGCGCUUUGCAAAUUCCCACCGGGGCGGACACACACGUUUGUUUGUUCGUUUGGCAAACAUCGGGCCCGUGUAGACUCCAGAUAGAAAAUGUAGCCAAAUAGUUACUCCUCCUGUCAGUCAUCAAUAAGCAAUAGGUGGCGAUCGAGUCCUCAUGUAUCAUCAAUUGAUUGAUUGAGCCAUUAUUGGAAGGCUUUGAUGUUUCUUUGUGCGCUUUUCUUUUUUCCCCACAUACACACACACACACACACACCAAACAUGUUGUCAUGUUUCUAUUAAAGGCUCAUUUACAACCUCAA